AUGAGAGUAGGGUUUGAAUCUAACAACUGGGCUGAAACUGGUUAUUCAAUUAAGCACGGUUAUGAAUGGCUACAGGGUGACCUUUCUACUGUUACCUGGACUAAAUGGAUUUGGAAUAAGUUUAAUAUUCCAAAGCACUUUUUCAUAGCUUGGUUGUCUAUUCAUGACAGAUUGAGACUGAGAGAUAGGUUGUGCGAGCUGGGAGUCUAUAAUGAAGAGGCUUGUCUGUUAUGUGUUUCUGUGCUAGAAAACUUGCAGCACCUGUUUUUCAAGUGUAAAUACAGUAAGGUUUGCAUGGUUAAUAUUUGUGCCUGGAUUGGUAUUAGGUUCAGAAUGUGUAAUAUUGAAGAUGCCUGGAAAGUUUGGAUUAGAGGCAUCAAAGAUCAGAUAAAGAGGAAGGUGUUGCUAGCUGCUCUCACUGCGAUACUAUACCACAUCUGGCUUGCUAGGAACCACUCCUAUUGCCAAAAGACUGUGAUUAACCCUUAG